AGGGCUGGGGCUCUGCAGGCGCUGCUUCUCCCAGGGGAAAGCGGGGACGGAGGGAGCGUCCGUGGAGCGGCAGCGGGGCUGAGCUCUCCCCAGGGCGUGGUGACAGCCCCGAGGCUGCCCGAGCUCCGGGACAGCGCUCUGAGGCGCUGCCUGCGAGUGUUGGGUGUCUGUGCAGGGCCGGGAGCCGGCCUGGCUGGUCCCUGUGGGUUCCUCCAGCUCAGGACACUCUGUGAGUCUUUGUUUAGAGCCCCCUUCAGCUGCUCUCACAUCCUCAGCAGGGUGAGAUAACGCUGUUCUAGUGAAUCCCAUUGCAGGUAGGCUGCUUUUGGAGCGUUGUGACAGAAAGUUCCCCGGUGCAGCGCUAUGGGCACGGGGAGGCAGAGGACGAGCCCUUAGCUCAGAGACACAGCAGCUUUGUGUUGUGUGGCAGGGACCUGCUUGGGCAGCUUCUGGAGUGGCUGAGUCUGGUAGAGGUGCUCUCCUACAGAACUGUAGCACUUUCAGGAGUAGCUAAAAACUCAUUUAGUGUCUUUGUUCAGAGUAUGGUAUCACUUUACAAUGGGUUAAUCAAGUUUCUGAAGCUCUUCAACUCAAAACCACAGCCCAAGGCUAUUGAUGAGUUUUCUUUCCUGUCUGCUGGCGUCCCAGCUGUGGGAGUGCAUGUGCUAAUCUGGCUUUCCCUGCUCUUUUAGACCCAUAAAAAUGGGGAACACGAGCAGCGAGCGAGCGGGACUGGAGCGCCAUGGGCACAAAGGCUCCCGAGGGGACAGCUCAGGAGGAGCCCCCAAAGAGGGGGACAGACCAAAAAUCCUAAUGGACAGUCCUGAAGAUGCAGACUUGUUCCAUUCAGAGGAAAUGAAGGCUCCUUUGGAGAAAGAAGAAUUUCUAGCUUGGCAGCAAGAUCUGGAAGUGAAUGACAAAACCCCCACUCAAGCUCGGCCAACAGUCUUCCGCUGGACUGGAGGAGGGAAAGAAGUUUAUUUAUCAGGCUCCUUCAACAACUGGAGUAAAAUUCCUCUGACAAGGAGUCACAACAACUUUGUGGCAAUCCUGGACCUGCCAGAAGGAGAGCACCAGUACAAGUUCCUCGUGGAUGGGCAGUGGACACAUGAUCCUGCAGAGCCAGUAGUAACCAGCCAGCUGGGUACUGUCAACAAUGUCAUCCAGGUGAAGAAAACUGACUUUGAAGUGUUCGAUGCUUUGAUGGUGGACUCCCAAAAAUGUUCAGACAUGUCUGAGCUGUCCAGUUCACCCCCAGGACCGUACCACCAGGAGCCCUAUGUCUGUAAGGCAGAGGAGCGCUUUAAAUCUCCACCCAUUCUCCCCCCACACCUGUUGCAGGUCAUCCUGAACAAGGACACAGGCAUUUCUUGUGACCCCGCUCUGCUCCCCGAGCCCAACCAUGUCAUGUUGAACCACCUGUAUGCACUUUCCAUCAAGGAUGGAGUGAUGGUGCUCAGUGCUACACACCGUUACAAGAAGAAAUACGUCACCACUUUGCUGUACAAGCCAAUAUGAGCAUCACAGUCAUGUGUGACCAAUUGUUCUGGGCCAGUGCAGUCUCAGAAAAAACGCUUCACUUAACCAAAUGUACUUCUGCUCUGUGCUGUAGCAAACAAACUCUGAUUUCAUAUUUUUCCUGAGACUUCCAGGUUCUCCUGUAUUUGCCUUAUUUUGUUAGCCCCACCUUGGAAGUUCUUGGAAAUGGCAGCUUCACAGCGACUAGACAGGUGGCAAAGGUGUCAGUGCCCCUUGUCAGCUCAGUUAAAAAACCACCAAUUUAAUUAGGCUGAAUAAUGUGAGGGCAGCAAAGAUCAAAGAGCUUCAGCAGCGAGGCAGACUGGGAGUCUGCCAGCCCAAAGCCUAGAAAGUUCAGGAUUCUUGGGGAAUCUGAUUUGAGCAUAACACUCAGCAAAAGCAAGCUCAUUGCUGCUUCUGUUGCUCAUCAAUCAUUAUUUCAGUAGCAAGUUCACAACUUGCCUGGCUGAACUAAGUGUGAAUAUUGAUGGUCAUUUUGUAGCAGCCUUUUCUGGGCAAAAUCAGCAACAUAAUCACUACAAGCUCAUUAUUAUUUUACGGUAGAGUGGGGUGCACUGUUUCUACUGUGAAUAGCUCUGUAGUUUUUUCUCUUCAUGAGAACUGAAAUACAUUUUUCCCCAGUGGAAUUUCUGGUAAAGACAAUUAUUUUUAAUGGCUGGAUUUUUCUGUAAAUCGUAAAUGUGUCUUGCAGUAAUCUGCUUUUGGAAACUGGUUUCUCUUGCUGUCACUGAUGAGGACUUCCUUAAGCUGGGAGAGGUGGCUGGGAGGAAAUGGAUGGAUUCAGUUUAGGGAUGAGUUCCUCAGUAACAGCCUGAAGGUGACUGUAAGUCUCCUGUGUCCAGUGGCCAAACUCACCCCUCGGUGUCAGCAGUUGCAGAGUGCUGGAUGCAGCGAUGCCACAGCCCUCUGUGCCCAGGCCUGGAGCGGGCAACUUUGUAUUCUGUUUCUGUUUUCUAGGUGAUUAUAGUAAUGCUAGGCUGCCUGUCCUUGGUGUUGACAGCCUGUUUUAUCCCAAAACAAAUGCAACAUUAAUGCAAACCUGCUGCCAGUGUGCCCCAGGCCUGCCCAGGAGGAGCCAGCGCAGGAGGGGCCCUUCCCCGGCCUGUUUUGGUGCCUGGGGCACCGUGACUGUGCCAAUGAGAACCAGCCCCGUGCCACUGUGGGGGAGGAAAGCACUUUGCACAAGUCUGUGGGGAGUCUGAGUGGGGACAGAGCUGCAGCAGCCAGCGUGGAGUGAGCCACAGUGGGAGGGUGCUUCGCCAUCCUGGGGUCUGUUCACCAGCCUUGUUGCAAUAUCUUCAGUAGCUGAGUAGAUCUGGGUCUAGUGCAAUGGUUUUCUCUGAAAACUCUUUCUUCAUUCUGUGCUAUGGAUAGUAUUUGGUAUUCUGAACUACAGAAUUGCUUGUUUUCAACCUCUUAGAAACAAAUAAAACAUUUUCAAGAGAA